AAGCAGGUUGGUGAUGUGUCAAAAUAUGACUGGCAAAUAACAGCAGAAAUAUGUAGGUUUAAAUACGAUACAAAAAGAGAUAAAUAGGCAAGAAUAACAGCUGAUUGCGUAUUUUCAUCAAGGCCAGGUGAUGUGGCUACUAUAUCAUAACGAGAACAAUUACAAAAUUAUUAUUUUCGUAAUAGAAUAUAGUCGUAUUGAACUGCGUCUUGAGAUUGGAGUAUGCAUAAGUCGGUAAAAGCCGGCAUCAAGAACUUUUAACACAAAACCUUGACAACAAAAUCAUAAUUUUUUCAAAUUAUUUCAAUUAAUAAAACGAUCGGAAAAUAUUAUUAAAAAAUGAAACUUUUAACACAUAAUAUGUUAACUUCAAAAUGCUUGAAAGGUGUAACUGUUGGAUAUCCCCUUGGGAUUGUUGCAAAAGGUAUUAAAGUGUCAGAAGUAGAUUUCAAUCCAGAAUUUAUUGCAAGAAUAAUUCCAAAACUUGAUUGGGCUACACUUUGGAAAGCUGCAGAAAGUAUAGGUCAUGUUGGAGAAUUACCACAGACUUUGAUUCAAGAUUUUGAAACAAAUGAGGAAUUUUUAAAAAUGGUUCAUCAUAUACUAUUGGAAGUUGAAGUCAUUAAUGGAGAUCUACUAUGUCCAGAAUCUGGCAGAAAAUUCCCUAUUAACGAUGGUAUACCAAAUAUGCUCUUAAACGAAGAUGAAGUUUAAUGAUUGAUAUUGCAGUAAUCAAAUUAGACGCCAUCCAUAUCUUUUCUGUUUACAAGUACUAGACAUUUAUAUGUUGUACAUAAAAUGUUUCAUUCCUUUUUAUAACAUAUAUAAUUUGAUUUGACAUCUUUGUUAUUACAAUUAGUAUAAAAUGAUGUAAUAUAAAAUCACUAAUUAACUAUAAAAAGUUAUAGUAAAUUAAAUAAAUAUGUAAAAUUAAUCCUAUUA